UGAGCUUUUCCUUUGCUGCACUCACAGCAGACAAAAGCCAGAGAGAAAGCAAAAUGUAAGAAAAGAAAUCGCAUUUGAAAGGAUAAAGGCAAAAUCCUGAAGUGAAUGAUCUGAGUGGUGAAGAUGAAGCAAAAGCUUACAGCACCUAUACUGACCAAUCAUUGAGUGCCGUUGAGCAAGUUGAGGAGCUCAAUCAACCAAUCAUUGAGCGCCGUUGAGCAGGCUGCUUCCUCAACCCACCAAUCAGAUGGCCUCAUUGACUGACCGUGUCAAAUGCAUAAUCGGAGUGACAAGCGUAAACAAUCACUACUAUCAUCAGUGGACUGAGAUCGGUGACAGCAAACAAGAGAUAAAAAGCAUGGAUUUGGCGGGACACAAGUGCAGUGUAUGUGACAGGAGUUUCUCAGUGAAGUCCAACCUGACUCGGCACAUGCAGCUUCAUGGUCCGAACGAGGAACAUGUGUGUGAAGUGUGUGGGAAAAGCUUCUCACUGAAACAGCAGCUGAGCAGCCACCAAAAACAGCACCUGUACCCAUGCAUCCGUCUGUACAGGCAGGGAGAGGCCAAGCUGCAGUGGACGGAUGCAGCUAAGAGUGUGGCAAUGGGCUCCAGCAAAGCAGUAGACCCCAGCUGUCUGGAUUCAGAAAAGGCGGAGGCUGCUGCAAAGAAAUCUGGAGGGGAAAUGUGGAAAGGCCAGCUAGUUGUCACAUUCGCCAAAUAUGAAGGCCAGUCUUUCAGGUGGCUGCUUGAAAAUGAUGUGGGCUGGGUCAUAUGGCUGCUGUCUGAAUAUUGCCAGAAGGGUGAGAAGAACGAUCUCCUAAAAUGGCAAAAGGAGCGAUUGCUGCAGUUCCCGCCUGUCACCUUCCAUCUUGACAAACGCUUGGAGGAGUCAAGGAAAGACAAAGGAAAGAAGGCUGAAUCUACCCUUUCUAAGUUCCAGCAGGAUCCUGACUAUGCCAGUGAUGCUGAAUUGUUGGCAGCUGCUGAGACUGUCCUUGAAGAGUCUGAGGUAGCGGUCUCCACACAGCUGACCACCUGGGGAGAGCUCACACCGGCCGUGAGUCAGGACUCUUCCCACAGCCUCAGCGCAUCUCAGGGAAGAGCUUCUUCCCCUGUAGACACCUCUGCCUCUGGCUUCUUGCUGGAGGGCUGGCAGAAAUACUGGGAGCAUCCACCUCCAUCUACACAAGCCAAUGGUAUAGCUCCUCCUAACAUCAAGUGGCUGAAAUGUGAUGAGAUGUGUGGUCUGUUUGAGAGACCUUCCAAGUACUAAAAUGCCAAAG